GCAACAUCGCGAACGACUCGAACGAACUCAACAAAGCAACCAGUUUCUCGGUUACAAAAGAAUGGUCUCGCUGAAAUGCAGGCCUACACCGAGCUUGCGGCUCCCUCAGCCGUCACACACUCCUUGACUGUCUCUCUCACUUCAGCUACAGCUACCAAUCUCGUUGUCGCAAAAGGUUCCCUACUCCAAAUCUUUACAACCAAGGCCAUCUCCGCCGAAUUCGAUCCCGAGAACCAACCUACCCAGACAACAAAGCCUGAACCCGAAUUUGAUCACCGCGCGAACGACGAUGAUGGACUUGAGUCUUCGUUUCUUGGCGGCGAGUCAAUGCUUGUCCGAACCGAUCGCACGAACCUGACGAAGCUAGUCCUUGUCGUGGAGCUUCCACUAUCCGGCACCGUGACGGGUUUGGCCAAGGUCAAGACGAAGCAUUCGAAAUGUGGAGGUGAAGCUCUCUUGAUAGCCUACAAAGCCGCGAAACUAUGUAUGGCAGUAUGGGAUCCCGAGAAGAGCAACCUCGAGACCAUCUCCAUCCAUUACUACGAGAAGGAAGAGCUACACGGCGCGCCAUGGGAGGUUUCUUUCGACGAAUAUACCAAUUACCUCGAAGCCGACCCCGGCAGUCGAUGCGCCGCCUUCCAAUUCGGCUCGCGCAACCUCGCGAUCCUACCAUUCAGACAAGCGGAAGAAGACUUGGAGAUGGAUGAUUGGGAUGAGGAUCUCGAUGGGCCACGACCCGUCAAGGAAUCUACUACAGUCGCCAAUGGAGAUAGCGACACAUUAGAACCAGCGUAUACACCAUCUUUUGUCCUCCGUCUUCCGCUGCUUGAUCCCAGUUUACUUCAUCCCGUGCACUUCGCUUUUCUGCAUGAGUAUAGAGAACCGACUUUUGGUAUUCUUUCGUCUAGCCAAGAGCGAGCCCAUUCUCUUGGUCAGAAAGAUCAUCUUACGUACAAGGUCUUUACGUUGGAUUUGCAGCAGCGAGCUUCGACUACUAUUCUUUCAGUCACUGAUCUUCCUCGAGAUUUGUUCAAGAUCAUUCCGUUGCCAGCGCCUGUUGGUGGUUCGUUGUUGAUUGGAGAGAACGAACUGAUUCAUGUUGAUCAGUCUGGCAAGUCCAAUGGCGUGGCGGUGAACUCAAUGGCUCGACAGAUCACCUCGUUCAGCCUAAGAGAUCAAGCGGAUCUUAACCUGCGAUUGGAGCACUGUGUCAUUGAGACACUGUCCAUCGAGAACGGCGAGCUCUUGCUAGUUCUCAACGAUGGUCGCAUUGGAAUAGUCACGUUCCAGAUCGAUGGCAGAACUGUCUCUGGUCUUACCGUCAGGAUGGUCGCAGAUGAGAACGGAGGCAAUCUUAUCAAGAGCCGCGCAUCGACAGCGUCGAAACUUAGCAAGAAUGCGUACUUCGUGGGUAGUGAAGUUGGCGAUUCUGUUGUAUUGGGCUGGACAAGAAAGAUGGGACAAGAGAAGAGGCGAAAGCCUCGGCUUAUCGAUGCGGAGAUUGGGCUAGAAAUGGAUGACCUGGAUCUAGAGGAUGAAGACGAUGAGGACGACGAUCUGUAUGGCACCGAGUCUGCUGCCGCGAAACCGGCUCAGGCUCUCAAUGGUGGGGGUAAAGCGGGCGAGUUGAGCUUCCGCAUUCACGAUACCCUGCUCAGCAUCGCCCCGAUCAAGGACUUGACACCUGGCAAGAUAUCGUUCCACCCUGACAGUGAAGAAGCAACUCUGUCACAGGGUGUCGUUUCGGAUCUUCAUCUUGCCUGCGUCGUCGGACGUGGAAAAGCCGGUUCACUGGCUAUUCUCAACCGCAACAUUCAGCCCAAGAUCAUUGGAAGGUUCGAGUUCCCCGAAGCAAGGGGUUUCUGGACCAUGUCUGUUAAGAAGCCAAUGCCAAAAGCUCUAGGUGGGAAUGUUGGUAUGGGUAAUGAGUAUGAGACAUUUGGACAGCAUGACAAGUACAUGAUAGUCGCUAAGGUCGAUCUCGACGGUUAUGAGACAUCAGAUGUGUAUGCUCUUACUGGCGCAGGAUUCGAGACUCUCAAGGACACUGAGUUUGACCCAGCGGCUGGAUUCACUGUUGAAGCUGGAACAAUGGGCAAGCAGAUGAGGAUCAUCCAAGUCCUCAAAUCUGAGGUUCGAUCAUACGAUGGAGAUCUCGGCCUCACUCAGAUCCUGCCGAUGCUCGAUGAAGAAACCGGCGCUGAACCCCGAGUCACCAGCGCCAGCAUUGCUGAUCCUUACCUCCUACUCAUCCGCGAUGACAGCAGUCUUAUGUUGGCACAGAUCGACAGCAACAAUGAGCUUGAGGAGGUGGAAAAGAUGGAUGCUACUCUGCAGAACACUAAGUGGCACUCUGGAUGUCUGUAUGCGGAUGCAAAGGGUGCUUUCCAACCGAAUGCCGGCGACAAGGGUGCAGAGACUGAGAAGAUCAUGAUGUUCUUGCUCAGCUCAACUGGUGCACUACAUGUAUACGCACUCCCCGAUCUCUCCAAGCCCGUCUACGUUGCUGAAGGCCUCUGUUACGUCCCUCCUCACCUUUCAGCAGACUACACGCUACGACGUGGUUUAGCAAAAGAGAAUCUCCGCGAGAUUCUUGUCGCUGAUCUUGGCGACACCACAUCUCAAUCUCCAUAUCUCAUCCUCCGCAACCAAACCGACGACCUCACAGUUUACGAACCUCUUCGCCAUGUAAGAGAAGGCGGUGAAACCAGUCUCUCCGCCACUCUCACCUUCAAAAAGACUUCCAACACGACAUUAGCCACAAUUCCCGUCGAGACAGAACAAGAUGACGUCGAACAACCACGCUUCGUCCCUCUCCGACCAUGCGCAAACAUCAACGGCUAUAGCACCGUCUUCCUCCCCGGCCCUUCACCAAGUUUCGUCAUCAAGUCCAGCAAGAGUAUCCCCCGCGUCAUUGGUCUUCAAGGCCUCGGCGUCCGCGGUAUGAGUACAUUCCACACUGAGGGUUGUGAUCGUGGUUUCAUCUACGCCGAUGACAAGGGCAUCGCACGGGUUACUCAACUCCCACCAGAUACCAACUUCACUGAGCUCGGUAUAUCAGUCAAGAAAGUCCCUCUGGGCGCUGAUGUUCGCGGCAUCGCAUAUCAUCAACCUACAGGUGCAUACAUCGCAGGCUGUAUGAUAAGCGAACCCUUCGAACUCCCCAAAGACGACGACUAUCACAAGGAAUGGGCCAAGGAAACACUGACUUUCCCACCAACCAUGCCCCGCGGCGUUCUCAAGCUCAUCAGCCCGGUCAGUUGGACCGUCAUCCACGAAGUCGAGCUUGAAUCCUGCGAAUCUAUCGAGUGCAUGAAAACACUACACCUCGAAGUCUCAGAAGAUACAAAAGAGCGUCGCUUCCUCGUCACAGUCGGCACAGCCGUCUCAAAGGGUGAAGACCUCCCCAUCCGCGGGCGCGUCCACGUCUUCGAUAUCGUAACCGUCAUCCCCGAGCCCGGCAGACCAGAAACCAACAAACGUCUCAAAGCCAUCGCGCGCGAAGACAUUCCCCGCGGCGGCGUAACAGCCAUAUCAGAGAUCGGCACCCAAGGCCUCAUGCUCGUCGCGCAAGGGCAAAAGUGUAUGGUGCGCGGUCUGAAGGAAGACGGGUCUCUUUUACCUGUUGCUUUCCUCGACAUGAGCUGCCACGUAUCUACUGCGAGGGAACUGCCGCGUACGGGGUUGUGUCUCAUGGCUGAUGCGUUCAAGGGGGUUUGGUUUGCGGGAUAUACUGAGGAACCGUAUACUUUCAAGGUCUUGGGUAAGAGCCAUGGCCGGUUACCGGUUCUGGUGGCGGAUUUCCUGCCGGAUGGUGAGGAUCUGGCUAUUGUUGCUGCGGAUGCGGAUGGUGAUCUACAUAUUCUCGACUUUAACCCCGAGCAUCCUAAGUCUCUUCAAGGCCAUCUCCUCCUCCAUAGAACCUCAUUCUCCGUCUCCCCCAAUCCCCCCUCAACAACACUCCUCCUCCCGCGAACCCUACCGCCCUCUCAUCCCCCUCCCCAAGAUCCUCCGCACAUCCUCCUCCUCGCCUCUUCAUCCGGCCACUUGGCAACACUCGUCCCCCUCCCUGAAACAACAUACCGUCGUCUCCUCUCCGUAACAAACCAACUCCUCCCCGCACUUACACCACACGGCGGAUUGAAUGCCAAAGCGCAUAGAUUACCCGAUGGUAUACGACCUGUAGGCGUAGAGGCAGCUGGUGGAAGGACGAUUGUGGACGGCGCUGUUUUGGCGAGGUGGGCGGAGCUUGGUGCUGCGAAGAGGGCGGAGAUAGCGGGUAAGGGAGGAUAUGAUGGUGUUGGGGAGUUGAGGGAGGAGCUGGAGGGUGUUUUGGGAUGGAGUGGAUUGUCGUAUUUCUAGAUGUCUUGGGCAAGAGUCAUAAGUGAUGUUUGUUAAUAAUGUAGUUUGGGAAUACAUGCAUAGCAUUGCAAUGCAAUCUAAGUGUCGAAUCUUCGAACGCUGAAUAUCAUGGUUUAUUUCUACGUUCCCUUAUGGCCAUUCUAGAACACCAUGAAUGUCAAUAAUUGCGUCUUUUCAAGGAGUGGCAGUACAAACACAGCUGUAUACAUGCUGGGACCCAUCUACAAGCCAAAGAAAAGAACAAAGAAAAUGAGUAGUAAACGACUUUUGUUUUCCCAAGUCUGUUUCUUCCGUAAAUCGGAACAGGCCAUAACCAAAACAUAUAUCCUAUAGCGCCUGUCUUAUCAAGUCUUGACUAAUCUUUAUCGUCACUACUCGCCCAAGAGUAAGAAACCUUCUCCCAUAUAAAUAAAUCCCAGAAAACGCCAGUACCAGUCCAAGUUAUAAUCACAUGAAAACAAUAUCACAAAGUUGAAGGUAUCUACUCGGCCUCUACCUUCUUGCGUCGCAUGCUGCCAAAACGUCGUCGAAUACCGUCGCUCAGACGGUGUUUGCCUGUCGAGUUGUUGCGGCGAAUGUCAGUACCGUUUGAGAAUUCGGGUGUUGUUCGUGGAUUCUCGCUGAAGCUGCGGUUGUGGCUAAAGGGUGGGCGUUUGCUGCCUCGCAUGUUUGAUGAGAGUUCGUACUCGACGGGUUCACCUCGGCGGAAACGCUUUUGCUCCUUGAGGUCCUUCUCAUAAGUGUAAGAGGGCUCGCCCUUGCCCUUGAGGUCAUCAGGAUGGUAUUGCUAUUCAGGUCAGUAACUAUUUAAUGAUCGCAUCAUAGAAAUGUCACUUACAAUGCCAUCCCAACGCUUGUAUGCGCCACCAAUAGCGUCAGGUUCUCUCAUGAGAUCAGCACCCUCUUCAUAAUCUAUGGUGUUGCCGCUCAUGUCCCGCUCGCCGCUAGGAAUAUCAGCAGUGCCUUGGAGCGGCAUCUUUUUGAGCAGAGCAUCUUGAAUGUUUUCUCUAGGAGUAGCGCGAAGAGCUUCUCGGUUCGAGUCUUCAACAGCAGCAACGGGUGAAUACAUCUUGUUGCGGUUGCGGCUUGCCAGGGUGGCGUCAUAGGGGCCGCCAUGAUGAUACAUCCCGCCAAUGGUAUCCAGAGCAUCAAUUGUGUCUGCCAUUGGCAUUUGCUUGCGACGAAGAUGGGGGGCGCGAUCGGCCGCGCGAGCCUCCUUUCUAAGGAUGUCGAGAGGUCGGUGAGACAUGUCGCCUGGAUAUCGUUGGAUCAGUGAACGUUGGCGUGAAACUCCGCAGUUGCUGGCACUGAAGCUGCGAUUGUGUGAAACUUGAGGUCGAUUACGCGGAGGCGGAACUCUAGCACUGGCCGAUCGAUUGACAGAGGAACUGAAUGGGUCGCGACGAGUAUCGGAUGGACCUGGGGGAGAAUCCGGGGGAGAUACAGUCACUGAUGGAGCUGAAGAUUGACGGCGUGCAGCUGCAGCGUCGGAGAAAGGGUUCGAGGAAUGAAAGCUGUCGCGGGUUGGGCUGGCAGAUGUUGGUGGAGUAGGAUAGCUGCCUUGGCGAUGUCUGUGACUCGAAUGACUUGGUUUGUGCCUGUGCUUUCUCUCGGGAGAGCGGUCUCUGUUUGAGUUUGAGUUCGAGUUUGAACUUGAGCCUUCGAGAGAGAUGUUUCGAAGUUGAGCAGCAAGAUUGUGAGAUGCGCCGAUACCGGUGUCUUGGUUUGGUUCAAUAUCGUUUAAUGGGUCAAGAAUAUAAGCCUUGGCCUAUGCAAUUGAGUUAGAAUGUUUGCAAUGAAGGAAAUGGUAAAUAAAUUUAGAACGUCAUCAGGCUUGCGUGGACUGCGGGCUGUGGUACAGCUACGUAUGAAUAAGGUUGCUUGGUCGUCUACUUGGCAGACACCAAGAAAACAGCCAAGCAACGUCAAGAUUGGAGCCCGAUGCAGGGAUCUGCAUUGACGCAACAAAUACAGCGAUAAAGGGUCUCGCUGGGGCCCUGACGUUGUUCCAUCAUUGGCAGGCUUGGGAUGACGUUGGGGAGAAGCGGACAGAAAGUGAUCGGCCCUGACCAAGAAACAGAAGAGGAAAAGACUGGGGCAUGAUGGACAUUGACAUCCACGAGCUAGGUAUCCUAGCUCAGGUAAGGGUCCAAGAACUUACCCAUUGCUUGUCGCUUGAAUCCUUCAUUGUGGCGACUGCUCUGGAAGGAAGAAAUGGGUUCUGGGGAAUUGUUUAGUCCCCCGAAAGAGUUGUCGGGUUUGUUGAGUCGAGAGCCGAGGCGGGAUGACAAUGGUGGUCGACUGAAAGAAGCGAUGCGAUGGCGCCUGCAAGCAAAUCGUAUUCGAAAGAGAUGAUGAUUGCGACUAGUGCUUCUGGUUAAUAGUCUAAUGCGAAUUCGCUUGGUUGUUGUCGGGUUCGAUUCGAUUGUCGAUGCGACGUAUCAAAGUGAUUGACUGAUUGAUUGUGUUUCGGUGUAAGGGACAAAGUUUGGGGGAGAAAAGACAAGGGACCGGGACAAACAAGGUGGGAGGAGAUGCAGCUCAUUUAUCAACAACGGAAGGCACAGCACGCACAGCCUAAUCCUUUCAAGACAAGGAGAAGGAGCUCUUUUUU